GUGCUGCUCUGCCUCAUGUGGUUCCCGCUGCCCACCGAGCACUGGCAAACGCCGCCGGCUCCGCCGAUGGGGCUGCCACUCGCACCGCUCGCGCCACUGAGCGUAGCGGAUCCGUCUGUCGACCUCUGCCUCGGCAGCCCGUGGCUGUCUGACUCGAGUGACGGAGACUGGGACGGCCUCUUCUACAAGAUCGGCGUGAUCUGGCCGCUGCGCUCGGCCGCGGCGGCACUCGACUAUGGGACUGGCUUCGACGAGCUGCACUUGGAGUGCGGCGGCGGCCCGGCCAGCACCUCAAUCGACGUCCACAUCCCCAUCGUGGAGCCGCUCGGCCUGCGCUCCAUGAUGCACAUCGACCUUCGCAACGACGACAACUACUUUGGCGUGCCGCUGCCCGACGGAAACGACUUCCACGUCCACUCGCAGUGGGAGGCGGACGAGGAGGGAUGGCGCGCCUCGAGCAGCACGCCCACCCCACGCAGCACUCCCCACACUCCACGCAGCCACGCAGCCCGCCGACAGAUCGCACAGCCCACGAGCUACAGCAGCAGCAGCAGCAGCAGCGGUGGCGGCGGCGGCAGCAGCAGCAGCAGCAGCAGCCAGCAGCAGCCAGCAGCAGCCAGCAGCAGCCAGCAGCCAGCAGCCAGCAGCAAGCAGCCAGCAGCCAGCAGCAGCAGCAGCCAGCAGCCAACAGCAGCAGCCAACAGCCAGCAUAAGCAGCAGCAGCCAGCAGCACCUCUCCUGGCCACACCUCCUCCCACCUCCUCCCUCUCACACAGCCUGGCCCCGCCGCCUCCUCCUCCCAGAGCCCCCGCCGCCGCCGCCUCCUCCUCCCCCUCCAGGUGGGCCUCGCGCGGGCGUUCGUCGGUGCUCAACGCGCGCUUCGUGGCGCGCGGCGCAAACUGCUCCGUCUACUCGUACCUCCAGCACCCGCUCGCCGCACCGGCACCGGCACCGCCCGCGCGAGGCGAGGCUGAGGCUGCGAGCGAGGCUGAGGCUGCGAGCGACGCGGGAGAGGGCGGCGGCGCCGCCGCGCCGCCCUCCAUCACCUUUGACGUCGCGAUCGACUGCGAGGGCGUCGCGGCGCAUCGCCGCUACUUGCCCCUGGGCGCGGGCCUCCGCGGUGCGAACGCCACCGCGGCCGUGCGGACGCGAGGGCAGCAGACGGCGUCCAACGCCGCUGCCGCCGCCGCGUUUGCGUUGGCCUUCGUCGUGGGCUGCCUCGCGGCGAGGCGCGCGAGUCGAGGCGGCGGCGCCGUCGCCGCGCGCGGCCUCGGGAGGGGGAGUGCGCCGGAGAGUGCGCCGCUCGCGCGGGACAGAGGGGCGCGCGCCAUCGCACCGCAGCGCACGGCGUGUCUGUGAGGGGGCGGGGUGUGUGUGAGGGGGCGGGGGCGGGGCCGGGGGGGGGGGGGGUCUGCUCCCGCCCUCUCUCCAUGCGGUGGAGCAAAGGCGAAAGCGCGCUUGCGUGGAACGAGAAGCGGCGGGUGAAGCGGCGGCGGCGCCCAGCGAGAGAGCGCUGGGAUGCGGAGAGCGGCCCUCCAGCCUCCGGCGCGCAGCGGCGGCGGCCCUAGGAGCUAGGACGAUGAAUCCCCUCCGAGACGGACGAACUCGCCGACGCAGCUCCGGAUAGAUAGAUCUUGAGUCGAAGAACAGUCAGGCUCGGACGGCGUUGCCGGUCUGCCCUUCACAU